AACUUGCUUUCAAGCUACGUUCAAGCAAGAGCAUUUUAACCGACGUGUAGUCCUAAUGUCGUUAUCAGAUUAAGUUUUUUUCUUAAAACACUUAUGAUUUUGUUUGAAAAGUUUCAUUUCGUAGUCGUGUGUAACCCGUUUCAGAGGAUGUUCGUGAAUCUUCAGACGUCAAGGCGAGUAGGCUACAUAUGAACUAAUUGUUGAGUGAAAGUAAAAUAUUCACUUAUUCAUAGUUUUGUAUUGUAGCAGGCCUAUUUCCUUCCGAAUUAUCUCAUCUGGACACAAAAUGCAUGGCAAAUUUUCAAGUUGUCCUGGCCAGCUGCUGCUUCAACCAUGUGCAGCCCAUGUGCAGUACACCUAAAACAGUUCUGUUCAUGAGUUAGAAACAUUUUACAGAAGGCUGUGUGCAUAAAAGUGUUGUAAAGAUGUACCAGAUUGUAUCAGGAACUGUUGGAGAUAUUGGCAUCGGCGCCAUGAGCCAUUACUCGACACCUAGGCGGAAUAGAGUUAGCAGACCAAGCCGCUCGGUGAUAACAGCAAGUGCGCUCGGAGUCAUACUGGUUAUUGCUGCCAUGGUAGCAUGGUGCUACUACUACUCUUCUCUUCAAAAGGCCAACCGUCUGACGACUGAACGAUUAGACCUUAACAAAGACGGUUUUGUCAUCCGAAACCAAGCUGGUGUUGUCAUUUUCAAAAUGGCAUUCAGGUCUGGAACCCUUGAUCUGGACUCGUGUUCGAAAGAGGGACAGAUUCUCACCUGUGACAAAUCAAAUGCGGGGAAUAUAAAUUUCUUCAUAGAAACAGUAAAGCCUAAAGACACAGUUGAGUGCUAUCGUGUGCGCUGGGACGAGCUAGAGGAGCAUCGGUUGGUGGAGCACGUCAUGUCCUGCAGUGGAUCACAUUGGUAUGGUGGCGCGGAGACUUGGUCGCAACAUUGGCCAAUAGUUUUAAAAGGACAGCAAACACCCAAACCUUUCAUUACAGGUGAUAUCCGUUACAAUCACCAGGCGUUUGGUGGUAUCUUAGAGCGCUACUGGCUUUCUUCCAAUGCUACAGCCAUAAAAAUUAACAAUUCUGUUCCUUUUCAUCUUGGCUGGGAUGAAACAAACAGAACUCUGUGGUUCCAAGCUCGAUACGAUGACAGCCCUUAUAGGCCAGACCCUGGUAAACCCCAUCAUGUGACACUCAGCUAUCGAGUAUGUGUCGGCCUUGACGUCACCUCUAUACACAAGUACAUGGUACGGCGAUAUUUCAACAAGCCCAAUAAGGUUCCCUCAGAAGUUGUCUUCAGACAACCGAUGUGGUCUACAAGAGCUCUAGAAGAAGUCAACCAAGAAAUUGUUUUAAAAUAUGCAUCUGACAUACAAAAAAAUGGCUUCAACUGCAGUCACCUGGAGCUGUACGAUAGAUUCACUAGUGGCUACGGGGGGUUUGAGUUAGAUCCAAUCAAGUUCCCCAAUGCUUCAGCCAUGUUUCAAAAACUAAGGGAAGAUGGCUUCCAGGUUACUCUGUGGACUCAUCCAUUUGUCAACUAUAAUUCUGUCAAUUUUGGUGUUGGAGUAGAGCGAGGUCUGUUUGUACGAGUGCCUGAAAGCCAGCUUCCCGCUUUGGUGCGUUGGUGGAAUGGUAUUGCUGGAAUUUUGGAUUUCACAAAUCCAGAAGCUCGAGACUGGUAUGCCUUGAAUCUCCGCACCCUUAAGAACAAGUAUGGAGUGGCAUCUUUCAUGUUUGAUGCAGGAGAAACAAGUUACUUACCUCAGCAUUUCAGUACCUUUGUUCCUUUGCAGGAUCCCAGUACUUUUACCCGCCGCUACACUGAGAUGGCAAUACCGUUCAAUGACCGCGCAGAGCUGCGGUCGGGCUAUCAAUCUCAAAACAUCUCCUGCUUCUUCAGAAUUAUUGACCGUGACUCUCUAUGGGGAUACACCUUAGGCCUCAAAUCUAUAAUCCCUACUGUACUUACUAUCAGCAUUCUAGGCUACCAGUUUGUUCUACCAGACAUAAUAGGUGGAAAUGCAUAUUCAAACCUCACUGGACUUCCAGAUCGUGAGCUGUACAUCCGUUGGCUAGAGCUCUCAGCUUUCAUGCCAGCCAUGCAGUUCUCACUUCCACCAUGGCACUAUGAUGAUGAGGUGGUAAAAAUCGCCAAUAAGUUCAUUGCUCUCCACACGUCUCUUGUAGCCCCUCGGGUUCUGGAGCUUGCUGGGGAAGUGCUGUACACUGGGGAUCCCAUUAUUCGCCCUCUUUGGUGGAUUGCAACAGAUGAUGAAGCAGCUUAUAAAAUUGACUCUCAGUUCCUUAUAGGAGAUGACCUUCUGGUGGCUCCUGUACUUGAACCAGGCAAGCAAGAAAGAGAUAUAUAUCUUCCUGCAGGCAGAUGGAGAAGUUACAAGGGAGAGUAUUUUGACAAAGGUCCCAUAUACCUUACUGAUUACCCAGUGGAUUUGGAUGAGGUUGCUUACUUUGUGUGGUCAGGAUAAUUGUAAGUAGGUAGGGGAUGGACCCCAAAUAAUCCCCCAAAAGUGCUGAAUACUGAUAUCUGCCCAUACUAUAAAUUAUUUGCACAAUCACUUGACAUUUAAAUAUUGUUUUUUAUGAUAAUAGGAUCAACAAUGUUUAUGUGGUACAUUAUCUGUAUGCUGAUAUUACAUAAU